AUGAUCAAGGGCGUGCAAGCAGACCAGGUCAAGGUCCAAUUUCAGCCUCGAACCCUGACCGUGGCCUUUCCACUCCCCAAGUCAGAGGACGCCGAUUUCUGCAUGGAAAUUCCUCUCUUUGACACCAUUGUACCUUCAGAAAGUACCUUCAAGGUUAAGCCAGUCAAGCUGGAGUUUCAUCUCAAAAAGGCCACGGGAAUCAAGUGGCCCAGUUUGCGCGCCGAGGCUGCGGCGGUCGCGCAACCCCUGGUUGAAAUGGCCAAGGUAACCAGCGCAGGACCUGCAAGUGCCGACAGUCAAGCGGCUCGCAAGCCUCUCCGUGGCCCCCAAGACUGGGAUCAACUUGCCAAGGAGGUGGACGAGGAGGAGAAGACCGAGCAGCCGGAAGGUGAUGCAGCGCUCAACCGCUUGUUUCAGCAAAUUUAUAGCGACGCAUCCGAGGAUACGAAGCGAGCCAUGCUCAAAUCUUUCCAAGAGUCCAACGGAACUGUGCUGAGCACCAACUGGGACGAAGUCAGCAAGGGCAAGGUUGAGAUGAAACCCCCGGAUGACGUCGAGUAUAAAAAGUUUGACUCUUAG